AUGCCCAGCAAAUUCCAUCGAAGCGUUCUCGUCACAGGCGGAACCGCCAAUCUCGGAUAUCAAUGCGCGAUCAACCUUGCUCGGAAGUAUCCCGACUAUCAAAUCGUCAUAGCAUCGCGAUCCGAUCCUAAUUCUUCCGCCGAGAGCAUCAAUCGCUUACUCGGCCAGAAGAACGUCAAGUUCCUGCCCCUAGAUUUGUCUAGUCUUGCUCAAGUACGAUCCUUUGCGGAGGUGUGGGAAGCCAAUCAGUUCCCUCCAAUUUAUUCGCUUGUUUUCAAUGCGGCACUGCAAUUUCCUGGGGAUGUACAGUAUACCGGCGAUGGAUUCGAAAAGACCUUUGCCAUCAGCCAUAUCGGCCAUGCUCUUCUUUUUUCUCUUCUGCGCCAUCACUUAGCCGAUACGGCCAGAGUGGUCAUUGUCAGUAGCGGCACGCAUGAUCCAGCUCAGAAGUCUGGUCUGCCGGAUGCGCAUUACUCAUCCGCAGAAGAAAUCGCUCAUCCCAAAGGCGAUGCCUUAAAGAACAACGGCCGUCAGCGUUACGCUACAACCAAAUUGACCAACGUGUUGUAUAGCUAUGCCCUCCAACGACGAUUCGAAGCCAUCAACAAGAAGACAGGAAAAAAGUGGACGGUCGCGGCAUUUGACCCAGGUCUUAUGCCCGGCACUGGACUUGCACGAGAUGCCACUGGGCUCGAAAAAUUCCUGUGGCUCAAAGUUCUGCCUAGACUCAUGCCGCUCCUGCGCCUCCUGAUCUCACCAAACAUCCAUACUGCGGAAUACUCUGGGCAAAUGUUGGCUCGAUUAGUGACUGAGUCAGAUGAGGAGAUUGGUAGUGGGAAAUACUAUGAAGGAAACAGGCAGAUCAAGUCGAGUGACGUGAGUUACGAUCAGGACAAACAGGAGGAUCUAUGGGAGUGGACGGUCAAGACACUCGCGAAACCCGACUCGGAAACAUUUCGUUUUGAUUUGAAGGAUUUGCUCUGA